ACAUCCUUCUAGACAGCAAUUUUGUCCCAAAAGUUGCUGAUUUCGGUCUCGCCAAACUGUACCCAAGGGACUAGAGUUUUGUGCCAUCGAGAGUCCUACGGGGAACUAUUGGAUACAUAGCUCCUGAGAUGAUAUCCGGAGUUUUGGGGUCAUAUCGAGCAAGUCUGAUGUUUACAGCUUUGGGAUGCUGUUGUUGGAGAUGGCUGGAGGAAGAAGGAACGCUGAUCCGAAUGCAGCGAACUUGAGCCAAGCAUACUACCCGUCAUGGGUGUAUGAUAGACUAACUGAACAAGAAGUGUGUGAGAUAUCUCCCGUUGCUGGCAGGCAUGAGUUGGAGAGGAAGCUGUGCAUGGUUGGACUAUGGUGCAUCCAGAUGAAGUCGCAUGACAGGCCGACAAUGAGUGAGGUCAUAGAGAUGCUGGAAGGUGGCUUCGAUGGCCUGCAGAUGCCUUCCAGGCCAUUCUUCUGCGACGACGAGCACACCGUUGUUCCGGAUUCUUACCCUUUGUUAUCCGAGCUGACCGAGAUCUCGGAGGAGGAUGAGAUCUCAGAUUCUUAUGUUUCCCGGGUCCUAUGAACUUCUAUGUGGAAACAUGUAAUAAAAUCUAGCAGUUAAAGAG